AUGUUAUGUUCAUUCACCCAAUUAUUUUCCAUCCACUCGUUUGUGCGAAGUGGAGAUUGUGUGAAACAAGUACCACUUGCCUUUGUACUGAUGUCCGGGAAACGGAAACGUGAUUACCGGAAAGUAUUAAAGGCCAUCAAAAAGAAAACGAAGGACAGGAAUCUUGAAAAAUUUGUCUUAGAUUUUGAAAGUGCCUUGUGGAGAGCCAUUCCACAAGUUUUUCCCGGUGUCCUGAUUCGUGGCCGCUCCUUCCAUUGGGCGCAAUGCAUAUGGAGAAAAAUUCAAGAGAUCGGUCUUGCGCCAGCGUAUAAAAAUGACAAUGCUACACACAAGUUGUGUAGAAAAUUUCUGGCUCUACCCUAUCUGCCAAAAGAGCACAUAGCAGCAGUGUUCGAGAACCUUUCUCGAAAAGCCACCACGCCAUUGUUGAUGGAGUUGGUCAGAUAUAUACGUGAGAAUUGGAUACAAGGUGAGUUAUGGGAACCGGAGACAUGGUGUGUUUUCAACCAGGCAGUCAGAACAAACAACGAUGUGGAGGGAUGGCACGGGAUGCUAAAUCGGCAUGCAAAGCGUGGAAAUCUAACCUUUUAUUUGAUGGUGCGACUCCUCCACGAACAAGCUAAGCUUGUUGAUAUGCAAGUGCGACUCGUGAGCGACGAGAAGUUAAAGAGGAGACAGAGGAAGAACUAUCGGCAAGUAGAAGGUAGAUUAUUUACCAAUUGGUCCAAAUACAUUGCGGGAGAGCUGUCGGCAAUGAAACUACUAUCAAGGUGCUCACAUCUUGCAUGCCCUGUCUGAUCAUCGCCUUUAA